CUGGCUCUGUUCUUCCGCUCACUCUCUUCCACCGUUAGCGAAAUUACUCUUCUCUCCCUCUAACCCUCUCUCUCCCUCGGCUUCACGUCCAUGGCUUCCCCCCCGAUUCCCGCAGAACCCUAGAAAAUCCGCCCUCCUCCCUCCCCAAUCCCCCCCUUGAACCUCAUCGCCUCAGCUCCCGAUGGACGGUGCCGGCGACGACGGCGCAGGCGGCGCCUCCAAGCAGAGCAACGCCCCGGCGGCGGCCCGGCGGCGGCCCCUUCUCCCGCGCCCGCGCCGAUGUCGAGCGCGAACGCGCCACCGCCUUUCCUGAGCAAGACGUACGACAUGGUGGACGACCCGGCGACGGACUCGAUCGUGUCGUGGAGCGCCACGAACAACAGCUUCGUGGUGUGGAAGCCGGCGGAGUUCGCUAGGGAUUUGUUGCCCAAGUAUUUCAAGCACAACAACUUCUCCAGCUUCGUUCGCCAGCUCAACACUUACGGUUUCCGGAAAGUUGAUCCAGAUCGCUGGGAAUUUGCAAAUGAGGGUUUCCUGAGGGGUCAGAAACACCUUUUAAAAAGUAUAAGUAGACGAAAACCCGUGCAUGGACAGGGCAGUCAACAGCCGCAGCAACCACCUGGACAGAGUUCUUCAGUUGGGGCAUGUGUAGAGGUUGGCAAGUUUGGGCUUGAGGAAGAAGUUGAAAGGCUCAAAAGGGACAAAAAUGUGCUCAUGACAGAGCUUGUGAGGUUGAGACAGCAGCAGCAGGCCACUGAUGGCCAACUGCAAACGAUGGUCCAACGACUCCAUGGGAUGGAACAACGACAGCAGCAGAUGAUGUCAUUCCUAGCAAAAGCUGUGCAGAGCCCGGGUUUCUUUGCUCAGUUUGUACAGCAACAAAAUGAGAGCAACAGGCGCAUCACUGAAGUGAAUAAGAAACGCAGACUAAGGCGAGAUGGCUUAUCUGAGAAUGAGCAUACUGCUGCUUCUGAUGGACAGAUUGUUAAGUACCAGCCUCCAAUAAAUGAGACUGCCAAAGCAUUGUUCAGGCAGAUGAUGAAAGUAGAAGCUCCUCAGCAGGAGUCUUUUGACGAUAGUCCAGAGAGUUUUCUUCUCGGUGAUGGUUCAUCUCUGUCCAGUGGCAUGGACAGUAGGACUUCGAGUCGCAUCUCUGGGGUGACUCUUCAGGAGGUCCCGCCAACUUCUAGCCAGGUUCCUGAGAUUCCACCAGCUUUGGGGGCCUCAGCAAAUGAUCCCUCAUCUGCCGUAUCUGAACUAAAGGCUCCGUCACAGGGUACUGCUAAGGUCACUACUAACCAGUUUCCAGAUAUGGGUAUGCUCGCAGGAGCACAGGAGUCUGAAGCAGUCUCCGUUAAUCAGGCAGAUACCGUUAUGACUGGGAUCUCUCAAACACAAGACAUGGUGCUGGAGGAUAUUGCUAAUAUAUCCAGAGAUGACUACAUGGGAGCAGAUCUGCAUAAUGGUGAUUACAUGGAUCCUGCAUCAUUUAUGAAUGGGUCGAUGCCUAUAGAGAUCGAUAGCAUUUCCCCUGACCCCGACAUUGAUGCUUUGUUAGAGAGUUCCACCUUCUGGGAUGAUCUUCUUAUGCAGAACCUUUUACCGGAGGAGGGUGAAUCAACUUCAGCAGAAGCUCAUGCUGGGGCUAAUGACGCGCAGCCGAUGGAGAAUGGAUGGGACAAAGCCGAGCACAUGGAUCAGCUUACUGAACAGAUGGGCCUCCUCGCAUCUGAUAACAAGGGGAUUUGACCUUAUACAAAUUUUCAGUCUGUUCCCACCAUAGCUCAGGUUGAAAGAUCGUUGGUGAGAGGGGCUCAUUUUGGCCUUCCCCAAGAGCAUAUCGGGCAUCCGAGUAUUCAUACAUAUACAAGCCUUUUCUGAAUGUCACGGGCCCCAAACUCUGCACAUCAUUUUGAUACUUGAGCUCUGGUGGAAGAAGGGGCCAUAAGUCGGAUAGCUUAGUUAAGGGGUACUACAGCUUCAGUUUAGUCGGCUCUUAGAUGGAAAGAAUAUAAAGGAUGGACGUUUGCCGAGCUAAAGCGUUGCUGAAGAAGUAUUGUAUAAUUUGUUAAUUUGUUAAGCUGAUGAAAACCCCUUCUCUAAUCGUAUGUCUCAUUUGAGAUUUAUGUCCAUUGGUUUUUCACCUUUUUAGUGCAGCGGGUGGGAGUUUUCACACUAACUGCCUUGAGGAA